AUGCCUACAGAGGAUACCCUUUUCCUUCCGAAGCGCGUUGCUGCUGGUUUAUUAGCAAUAUUUUGUGGAUUUGCACUUGGUGUUCUUCAGAGUUUAGACUUUGUGAAAUUAUUUACUUAUAUACGUGCGAAUGCCAACCUUCGUCGAACACUGCAGUCUUGUUUGAUAGUCAAUGCCGUUUUUUUCUCAAGUUUGUGGAUUACAUCUCUUCUUAUUUACCCCAUGUUAACCUUUGGUGGGGGCGUUGUCUGGGGUGGUAGUGGUAAUGCUACUACUACUACUGCUACUACUACUACUACUACUACUACUACUACUAGUGUUGGUACUGCUAUUAAUAUCAGCAAUACUGUGAUGAAUGGUAGUAAAAAACCAACAAGAGCAAUAGAAGCAGCAAAAAGUGGUGUGGGACUCGUAAGCAAACUCUGGUUUCCAGUUUUUGAUGCCAUGUGGGUACUACCAGUGUAUGCACUUAUUCAAGCUCUUGGUUUGCGAUGGUACAACGCCCUUUAUGUGGAGGCUUAUAAAGAGAAAAAACGUCGAGCAGCCGUUGGAGCUACACGAGGAACAGUAGAAGGCCAUUGUAAAGGAGAAGAAACCUCAUCCCCUACAAAGGUAAGAAGUACUGAUGGACCUCCUUCAUUUCAUACUGCCGUUGUUUCACUUAGUGAAAUUAUGUUUAAAUUUCUUGUGACAACGGUGUAUGCAAUAGUUUCUGUGGUAGUUGAAAUGAUAAUACCUUCCCCAAUGGGGAGUCAUAUUGCUUUUAUGAUGAACAGUUGGUUGUACGCCUUCUAUGUUUUCGAUUACCGCCUUUCUUCACAAUACGUAGUCGAUAGAAGAACACGUCAACAAAAUCGUUUAACACUGUCAUCAGUUUUAAAGCUAUUCGAAACAAAUUGGGCAUAUUUCUUGGGAUUUGGUGUUUCACAAUCCAUUAUUACCACUACUUUACGGUCAUCGUGGAUGGCCUUUUCAUGGUAUUCUGUGGCUGCUGUCACUUCAGUCCUCUUCGGAGCACACGUCGUUCUCUCAGUUGAGGCAACGCCGAGUCCCCGGGCACCUUUUGCUGUACCGAUGUUAACACCCUUCUUUGCCUUGUGUGGAGUAGUGCUGCGCAAAAUUGCGAAUGCCAUGUUGUAA